GUCCCUUUUUUUAUAUAUAUAUAUUUAUAUAUAUGCUGCACAACUGAUCAGAAUUUGAUUAUCUGGAUUCCGGGAAUGCCGAUGUUUCUGAUAAAGCGACGCGAGCAAAAAAGCCAGUAAGAUGUGAAAUGCCUCUCUGGGCACUUGUGUACAAAUACCAAAAAGUUCAGCACAACGCGUCCAAUUUCAACCCGCGCACACAUUCUUGUUUCUCCCCUCGAUCUCACAUAAACGCAUAAACACAUAAACCACAGCCAUCGAUGGUCCCUUCACUCUACAUCCUUGCAACCGUGUCCCUGGCCAGCGCAUUUGUCGCGACCGUCACCGCCACCGCAACCGCAAGCACAAUGAGCACCACGGCCGGUGGGGUGAUACAUGACUCUCCGCAAGUGAUGCAUCCGAUGAGUCCCAGGUUGAGGAGGACAAGCCCGCCACAGGGGCCCGUGUCCGGCUGGCCAUCCUCGUUGGAUAUUGAGGUUGACAAGCUCGAGAUUGGUGGUCUGUCGAUCCCGUCGCUCCAGAGCAUUAUUCGGAAUUCUGAGAUCGGAGCCAAGAAUUUUGGAAAUGUGGCAGCCGAGGAGGGUCUUCUUGCCUCUGGAGGAGUCUGGCAUGGUGUCGGGCAGGUCGUCGAAUAGACAUGAGUACCUUGACCUCAACAGAUCGCAGAUGCGACGAUCCUGUCAUCAUGACGUUGUUUGUUAGGAUCUGCCGCCUGCUGGGGCAUCCCAUUGUCUCG